UGUAUCAAUGUUUCUCAUAUCCGACACUAAUAAGUGCGAAUAUGUUUCAAAUCAACUUUUUUUUUUAAAUUAUUUAUUUUUCCCCUUCGCGCUUGCCGUAGUUGCAAAGCAGAUUUCGCGGGCAGUUUGAGUUGGUGAUGGCGGCCACAACGUCCAUGUUGACUUCACUCGCUCUUUCUAAGCUGCCCAAGUCACGUCGGAGUUCAUUGACGGUAACUUUGUUGGCUUAAACAUCACAUUUAGGUUUAGGGUCUUCUAGGCGCGAUGCGAGACGUCACAAGCGGGCUAACGUUGAGCCAAACAGCAGCUUCGAGGCACGGGCGGAAAUGAGAAGGAGUUUGGCCCCCAGUCAGGUCGCCAAACGGAAACAAGGGGAGGAUGAUCAUCGAGACGAAAUAUAGUAUAUUAACCACGAGCGGUUCUCGAGAGAAGAUGAAUGGAGAAAAUUGGGACAGUGAUGAAGAAGUCCAAGUUCCAUGGCCACUCAACAAAGCAGGAGGAAGGAAGCAGUCACAAACCAAAUACGUGGCAAGAAUUCUGAGAUUUGGUGAAGACACACGUGAACUGACGCCAUAUUUGAAAGCCGCUCAGGAUGGCAAGGAUGUACCCCUUACUGGUGAUUUGGAAUAUGGCAGAGGCAAGAGAAACAAACAGCCAAAGUCUUGGUCAUCAGACAGUGAGAGCAAGGAUGAAAGUGUUGAGGAGACUCUAUCUGACAGACAGCAGAAGAAAAAGAGGAAAGCAAGCCGUACAGCUGUGGGAUAUGAUGCUCGGGCACAAUUGAAGGCCCAACUUGCUGCUCUGGGAAGAACUUCACCGAAAGAUACAUGUACAGAAAUGGAAUCCCUGAAGAAGGAAGUCCUCCAGUUGAGAGAGGAAAACAAAUCCCUUCGAGAUGCAUUGAGGGUUGUUGAAGGACUUCCUGGCCUGCUAAUGAAGAUGGACGACUUAUCACGUCAGGCAACAAUACUAUCAGCUCGACGUCCUGCUGUCGCUCUGCCAGAGAGGAGCUGGCCAACAGCAGCUUGACAGGAAAAAAAUCCAAUGCUUUUAAGGAUAAGCAUGAGAAACCAAAACUGGAUGACAAGAAAGUGUCUGCUAUUAUUGGUGAGUAUAAGUUAAAUCAAUCUGAUUAAAACCAUAUCCACAUCAGGGAAGUGGAUCUGACCCUUUUCCUAUCUCCAAGUCGUUCCGUGAUCGUUUGGCAUGAAGUAUAGAUAUCCAUAGCUUCCAGUCUGCUUGGUCCAUGAAUUGACUGCGAGAUGUUCGUUUUGACAGAUUUAUAGGCAUGGGUGGUCACAUUAGCUUUGAUCUCGUCGGAAACCAACAUCAAGUGACUAAGCAAAAACCGCAGCGCACGGAUAUCUACACCUUUUUCUCGUUUGAUAUCUUAUAUCGGCAUUCUCCGCCUUACUAUUUAACAACUAGCGUCGGGAAUUUCCGUGAGUUCUGCUGCAAGUUGAGAAGUGAACGACUUUUAGAUAGGGAAUGU